AUGGAAGUCACUUCUCAUUCUAUUUAUAAUGGCAUCUUGGAAUCAACAAUAAUUGGUGUACAAGACUUACAUGAGAGUCAUGAUGCUAAGUAUCUAGGAAAAACAUUGGAGGAUAUGUGCAAUAAAUGGAGCAUUUCAAACAUUGUUGCGGUAAUAUCUGAUAAUGCAGCUAAUAUUACCAAAACUAUCAAAGAUACCUUCACCACAUCAGGACAACUGCCUUGUAUGGCUCACACUUUAAAUUUAGUUGUUUCGGAAUCUCUUGAGAAAAUAGGUGAUCUUAAGUUACUUCUUGAUAAUGUCAAAGACAUUGUAACAUACUUCAAACGUUGUGUGAAUGCUGCAGACGAUUUGAAAAAGGAAACUGGUGAUGAUUUCCUGAAGCCUACAAGGCUUGUACAAAGUGUUGUUACAAGAUGGAAUUCAACAUUUUGUAUGUUACGAAGAUUUUUACUAUUAAAAACUGAAGUAGCAUCAGUUCUAUCAAAAUAUAGUAAAGCGCCUACUAUGCUAGAUGGUGGCAAUAUUGAGAUUCUUGAAAAGACAUGCAAAAUAUUGGAACCCUUUGAAGUUGUCACGCGUGAGAUAUGUGGUGAGAAAUACGAGACCUGCGGAAAAAUUAUUCCCAACGUUUAUAAUCUUCUUCAUAACAAUCGUUUUUUUCAAGCAGAUUAA